AUGCCGAGCCACUCGGUGUCAUCGUCCUCUCCCCGCACAUGUGCAUCCAAGUCGAGCGUGUCUUUCGACGGCUUUCCUGCCACGUCGGACGUGCCGGACGUGACGAUGCGCUCGUCGUCCAUGUCUGCCACAAUGACAAGCACCUCCACCAACAAGUCGGGUACAGCCCCUAGCUCCCCUCCCGAUCCAAGUGUCCACGCUGCACUCUUAUCGUCAUUGGGAACCAGCAACUGCAACACGAACGGGACGACGUCCCACCUCUCUUGUCGCCCCGCUCUCCCUGAUCGAACGUCGGGUGACGUCCCUCGUACAGUGAAGCUCCUGAGUGAACUGGAGCGGUCGUGGGCCAUGUUUGCAGCUUCGUGGAAGGUCGUCGAGUUGUUUGGGGGGAUGCAGAUCUGGCACGAACAGUCGAGGGAACUCACGACGGCGGAGCCACUGAACAACGUGCUGCUGUCCACGACGUCCGCUGGAUUCGUGACAUUUGUCGCGGGACACAUUGGAGGAGCAGGUUUUGUCGUCUCGGUGCUACUCACGGCUUUUGUCGUAGUCGCAGCGUGGUGGACCCUUACAAAUGUAAGAGCGAAGAAGGUCGUGCCGUGUUUUAAAGCUCUGCAAGUAGUCGACGGCUCGCCGUCCGAGAUUUUCCUCUAUUUGAUGGGGAUCAAGAAUUAUCCCGUCUGGGACGCUUCGGUGGAGACGGCAGAAGUCGUGCAUACGAUUGAUGACCAUUCCGAUAUUAUUCAUAUUGUCUACCGACCUGUGUGGAUGUGGCCAAUAUGGAUGACUCCAAGAGAUCUGUGCUUGUUGAGGUACUGGCGACGAGCGGAAGACGGAUCGUACGUCAUUUGUAUGCAAAGCGCGCUGCACCCCGAGUGUCCGCCUAUGCAUGGACUGGUGCGCGCGACUUGUAGGGGCGGUGGCUUCAUCAUCUCUCCGCGUGCUUUGGGUGUCGCACUGGGGGAUGAAUUGACGUCGAUGGUCACUAACGUGGUGCACUUGGACCCACGGGGAUGGGAAGGCAAGCUGUUGCAACGCUUAGGUCUCAUGCACUUGUACGUGCGACCUCAAGUGUUGUCGUUGACUGGGUUGCGCGAUGUGAUGGAAGCACGCAAGUACGUGUGUCCAAAUGUGCCCGAAGAGCUCUCGGUAACCUUCACGGCGUCAACAGAGGAGCAGCAAGCGAACGCAGCAGCAGUACAAGCAGGAAGAGAUAUUGUUAACGACCCGGAUGCACCGGUGUCUCAAUUGGAGGAGUUCCCGAGUAACGUACCGAGAUCGAUGUGGGCUGAACCGGAUGGCGCAGCUAUGAUGGUGCGAGGCCCCGACUACUUGGUCGACCAGCGAAAGAUCCCGUCGCAGUCUCCAUACUUUCGCCUUGUGGGUGUCGACCUGUUCCAGUCCUCAGAAUCUGUCGAGCACAUUGCCUCACUUCCAGAUAAUUCUGUCCAGCGCGAAUUGCGGCGCCAUGAGGAGCAAGGAACAGAGAUGCCUUUCACGUUUGUGGUCAACUUUGUGGUGCCAGGCACUCCUCGCAUCAACUUGGUAUUAUACUAUCAGGCGCCUCAUCCGUCCGUGUUGGUGGAUGGCUCUCCGUCGUCUGAGUUGAUGGCCGACUUUCUAGAGAACUCGGAUGAGUUUCGCAAUGAACGGUUCAAGCUUAUUCCCUGCAUCGUUGAGGGGAGCUUUAUCGUGCGUCAGGCUGUGGGCUCUACUCCUGCACUUAUCGGCAAGAAGCUGCGUCAGCCUACAUUCCGCGGCAAGCAGUAUUUUGAGCUGGAUGUCGACAUUGCCUCGUCGGCAGUCGCCAAUCGUGUAGUCGGCCUCGUGUCAGGGUACACGAAGAAACUAGUGAUUGACAUGGGUUUUGUGCUGGAAGGCCAGAGCCCUGAUGAAUUACCCGAGAGACUUUUUGGCAGUGUGCGUCUCGUUCAUCUUGACCUGGACGUCGCCAAGAAACUCACGUAA